AUGGUCAAGCAUGCCUUUGUAGCCUAUGCCGGACUGGCCGCGGCGCUGCCGCUGAAUAUCAACCUUGGGGCCUACUCACCGGCCCUGGUUGUUGGUGAUGGCGAAAUCAGCUUCGGAGGUAGGCAGGACGUGUCGAAUUUGAUCACUGCGCUCGAAGGCGCUGCAGUUAACGCUGCCGCAGGCGCCGCCAAUGCAGCUGAAGGCGCCGGUAACGCGGCAGCUGCUGCCCCCACUACCGUUCCGAACCCUCUGCCCAAUACCGUUGCGAGCGCAUCUACAGACCCGGCGCUCGCCGAGCAGGCCCAGCAAAUAGCCGCUAUUCAAGGCCUGGGCAAAGCCAUCAAACACCGUGUUGACAGCGCCGAGACUGAGAAGUUCGGCAAGCGGAACCUCGCCGGUUUUGAUCGGGCGCUCACAUAUGCUGAGGCCGCCCUGACCAAGGGCCCGAAGGUCCAGCUCGGCACGGGCGAAGAGGGUUCCGGCAUCGGCAUUAUCGUCGAGCACACCCCGGCUGGCGGCGCCGCUGAGAAGCGCGACCUCAGCGAAGUCUCGACCCCCAGACGGCGGGCGGCCAAGGUGACGACCAUGUUUGUCCGCCGCGGUGUUCCUGUUGCUCUCCAAUCCCGCUCAGGAGACGAGGACCUCGCCGGCCGCGCCCCGACAACCUUACCAGCCCAAGCCGCCACUGCCCCACCCGCUCCCCUAGCUGUCUCCAAGCGCGACAGAGCUUUGGACGCAGUCAACCUGAAUGUCGAUGGCGAUGCGGGCGUCACCAUGACGUUUGUGGAGGCGUUUGACGAUGAGAAAGAUGAUGAGAGAUCGUUCUGA